AUCAAGGCCUGAGCCUUCCUCAUAUCAAUUCAACUAUAGCCAUAUAAAUGUAUAAUAUGUUUGUGGAACACCUGUUUUAAAUAAGAAUGUCAAGUAUUUUCUGUCAAGGUACAAGGUUGAGUGUAUAUUCAUUCACUGACACUUCAACUAACUGGGUCAAAUAGCAGAUCCAAUUGGUAAACUGGUCAACACUGGUGGACGAUGUUAAAGUUCCUGCCACGACUCCGACAAAAGAAAAUAACCAGUGCUGUGAAUGAAAUUCUAUGAGUGGAAUAGUUUUGUUGGGGAACUCCAUGACACUAUCCAGCAACAGCUAACAGAGAGCCAUGUUCGCCAAUUUACAGAUCUGUCAGAGUCGGAGAAGGAACUCUUCAUGGAGCGUGCCACGAAAGCGCUUCAAGGAGGAACUUCUUACACGAUGUUAUACAAUGGAAUCUCUAAUGUCUUGGACCAUCAACUAAAUGGAGAAGUAGCUCGUCAAUUGCUUGAGGAGUUUCCUAUCAAUACGAAGAGUGAUAUGAUCAUCGAGGCAGCAAAAGAUGGAGCCGUUAGCAUUCUGAGAAAAUGGCCAGAUUUCAAGUAUAAACUCCAUGCUUGCCUGAAUCAACCACUUCCAAAUAAACUGAGGGAAAUAGCCUGGAAAUUAUAUCUUGAUAAUCCAAAAGUCAGGAAGGAGUAUGUUGAUCUGUUGGCCAACAAUCCAAGAGCUGCAAUCUCAAGCAAAGACUUUGAGAUCUCUCAGAGAUGUGAACAGAUUUUAUCAUCAGAGCCAACAUUCCAUCAUGUGCGAGGAUCAAUUGGUGUUUUCUAUGCAAAGAAGGCUGUUCUUUCCUAUCACCAUGCCAUCAAGCAGUCCGAUGUUAACUUGGAUGAUACUGACUACAUGCUGGCGGUUCCGUUUAUCUAUGUGGUGAUGGAUAGGAUUCCAAGGAGAGAACCUGCAACUAGUAGAAUUGUUGCUUUGUUAGUUGAGGAAUACCAAACAUUCAUGAGAACAAGGCAAAGGUUCAUGCUAGAUGCAAGUGCCAAUGAUGAAAAUGAUAAACAGUUCACAAGUUUUGCCAAGAAGAUAGCGCAGACCCUAAAUGUCCAUGACCAUGAGCUAGCCAGGGUGUUAUCAGAGAUGCCACACCCAGACUCGACUCUACCUCCAACACCGGACUCUCUUCUCAGUGCUCCACUACCCAGGCCAUAUUCUGGUGACAUGAGUAUAGGCCCACCAUUGGAGGUACAGUCUCUUCCACCAACUCCUAACACACAGCCAGGGACACCAAGGCAAAGUGUGACACCUCAACAGAAUGGGACACCAAGACAAAAUGGAACACCUCAGCAAAAUAGGACACCACAGCAAAAUGGGACACCUCAGCAAAACGGGGGAGGAGGGCCACCCUUGGCAGCUUAUGACACACCACCACAGCAGAAUCAGAAUCCAAAUAGGGGUCGGAGACCAAGCAGAGGAGCAGAUAGUUUCCAGGACAGAAAUGCUGCUGGGCCAGCAUUACCUGAAAACAUCAAAGAGCUGAUGCGACCUGUUAUAAGGACUCUCUUUGUUGGUUUCUGUAACAUGGAAGUUGUCCAGUACAUUUGGGACCAAUAUAUCAUAGGCAUGGAUGCGCCAGGCUACCACCAUGAGCUUUUACCUGCUCUCUCGGCGGCAUUCCUUCUAUUGUUGAGUGACAAGUUAAUUAAUUGUCAUGGACUGGUUGCGGCACAAGAGGUCAUGAGGAGGGAGGGCCCUAAGCUCAAGAUUGAGCAUUUCCAAUAUUUGAUCAACCGCCAUUUUUAUCGAGAUUUGUACAACAUCCUAAACAAGGAAACCAAAUCAGCAUUACCUGUGAUAGAUCCGACACAAGCCAAAACCGAGCCAUGGAAUCAAUGGUCACGAGAAAUCAUUCCACCAAGAAUCCGUACGGAUGAUCGAAGGAAUCUCCGUCUCCAGAGAGAAGAUGACAGACAAAGGGUGUUGGCCAAACAGAGAGAAGAAGAAAGACAAAAAGAGGAUGAACGAGAGAGAAUCCGCAGAGAACGAGCAGAGAGACAGAAGCCUGGUGCUGCAGAGUUUGCGGCUGCGGUGGCCACGGCAAGACAAAAGGAUGAGGAGGAUAAAAUGUAUUUGCAAGAUAUGUUGAAAAAUGAACAUCAACUAAGGAAGGAGCAAGAGCAGGAAUCGCUGGAUGAAAUCAGUAGGCUGAGAAGUGAGGUGGAUGACCUCAAGAAGUUACUUAGGAGAGAUAUGGCCAAACCAAAACCUUCACCUCGUCCAUCUGUGGCCAGCUUUGCAUCUGCGUACAGUAACUACAUUCCACCUCCGCCACCCACAGCUGCCAGUACCUUGUCGGCUCAAAAUACGGGUGACCAACAAGACUUGACAAGGAAGGGCAUUAUUGAGUUCUUGAGGAAGAUUUCAAACAGCACAAAUUACAUUGCACAUGGUGAUGGUCAGGAGCUGAGUAUCUUGAAUGAGGAGACCAAGCUCAACCAGGAGAGACUUAAAGAAGAUUUCACUGAGGCACAGCGACGGGUAUUUGGACGUGCAAUGGACGCAAAGGCCAUCGAUAGUCUGCCGCCAGAGGAGAGAGAGAGGAGUAUGCAGCAGCUCAUGGAUACACUGAAUGAGAUUUAUGUGGAAAGGAAGAGGAGAGACAAUAACUAAUAGAUCCUCCACAAAGACUUGGACUUUGAUUAGACUUAGGCUGUGAUAAAUUUUUCAACAUAUUGAGUCGAUAACAUGUGUGCUCCUAUUUAUCUCAUUUGUGACUCUUUAGAAAAUUUCAGCAAUAUGUGUUUUGAAGAGAUCAGGAAAACCUACACCGACCAAGAGUCACCUUCUUAUCUCUAUCACACAAGUAUACCAACUGGGAAUCGUACAGGGAUCUCAGAGGAGACAUGAUGUCUCUUCUACUCCGAUAUACAUUGCCUUAAUUUUAGCCAAAUAUAGAGGUUGGUCUGCAUAUGCAGAGAAAUUAAGUUUGGUGUGCUUAACUGCAUUACUACACCUUCCCGCCAUUUCUUCAGGAGUGAGCUGUACAGUGAAAAUGUACUAGACUAAUCAUGUUAUAUUAUACACUGUUCUGUUUACAAGAUAUUAGGCAGCGAACUAAUUCCGUCCAUUUAUGAACAAGCUACUGCUUAUAUCAAUGUGAUAUUCGUGUCUGUUUAGACCCAAAUUUUCCUUUCUUCAAAAUGAUUCCAAAAAGGGAUUAGGCGAGGGAAUGUAUUACUACUAAAUGUAGAGGAUUCUGCUUAUUUUCAACAUGUAUAAGGUUGUGGCUUACACAACCAGCUACUUAAAGAUUGGUACAUAUCCAUGUAUUUGUAGAUAUACUUGUUAUUUAUUUUUGUUGCAAUAGAUAAUAUUUUUAAACCAUA